CCACAAUCAACAACAACCACCACUAACAACAUGGGCAAGCACGGAAAACGCGGCGGUGGCAGAGGAGGACGUCGUGGUGGACCAGCUCCGCGCGGGCGUCCGAACGGUGCGGGCGAGUGGAAGACCAUGAACACCACGGACCUUAAGAACCUCACGUUUGAGGAGUACUACAAGACGCAGGGCAUCGUGCCGGAGGCCGAGUGGGAGGACUUCCUCAGUUCGCUCAAGACCGAGCUCCCGACAACGUUCCGCGUCACUGGGAGCCGCGCACACGCCGACACCAUCAAUAACCUCAUCAAGGACGUCUAUGUCCCUACUAUGCACGAGGUCGAGCUUGACGGCAUCACGUACGACCCCCCCAAGCCGAUCGUGUGGUACCCCGGCGGGCUGGCAUGGGAGAUUGCCGCGCCGAAGCGCGUUGUGCGCAAGAACGAGGCAUUCAAGAAGUUCCAGAAGUUCCUGGUUGGCGAGACGGAUGUGGGGAACCUCAGCCGCCAAGAGGCCGUGAGCAUGAUUCCGCCCCUGCUGAUGGACGUUGAACCUCACCACCGCUGUCUCGACAUGUGCGCUGCGCCGGGAUCCAAGACUGCGCAGAUCAUCGAGGCGCUCAACCCGUACCACACUGAAUCGACUGGCCUCCUCAUCGCCAACGAUGCCGAUUACAAGCGCACACACAUGCUCGUGCACCAGACGGGGCGCAUGCCUUCAAAGGGCUUACUCGUGACCAACUGCGACGCGAGCAUGUUCCCCAACAUCUCGCUCGGCAACAACGAGACGCUCAAGUUUGAUCGCAUUCUCGCCGAUGUGCCGUGCAGCGGCGACGGCACGAUGCGCAAGAACAUGGAGAUCUGGAACAAGUGGAUGCCCAGCGACGGUAACAGUCUGCAUAUCAUCCAGCUGCGUAUCCUGCACCGCGCCAUGAACAUGCUCAAGCCUGGAGGCCGCCUCGUCUACUCGACCUGCUCUUUCAACCCAUCCGAGAACGAGGCGGUCGUCGCGGCAGCGCUCAACGCACACCCCGGCGAGUUCUCGAUCGUUGACGUUUCGGACAAGCUCCCUGGUCUCAAGCGCCGGCCGGGAAUUUCGUCGUGGAAGGUGGGCACCAACGGGCCCGAGGGGACGGUCUAUCACGAGACAUACGAGGCCUACAAGGCGGACCGGGAUGCGUCGUUGACCGAGGAGGACAAGCGGCAGAAGAAGGAGCUCGCGUCGACUUUGUGGGCUCCGGAGAACGCUGGAGAGCUCGGCUUGGAACGCGCCCUCCGUCUUCUCCCGCACGACCAGAACACGGGCGGAUUCUUCGUGUGCGUCCUCGAGAAGGCCGGCACACCCGUCACGUCGUCUGCCCCCAAGGUAGACAUCGACGCCUUGCCUGAGAUGGACGACGUUGAGGCAACCGACGAGAAGGGGUCGCUAAGCCUUAAGCGCGCGCUCAGCCCCUCUGCUGAGGGCGCCGACGGGACUGAGCCUCAGGCCAAGAAGCCAAAGGCUCCGGGUCAGGCGCCGAAGAAGAAGGAGCGCCCGGACCUCGCUUUCCGCGAGGAUCCGUUCUCUUUUGUUGACCCGGCGCACGAGGAGGUCGGCAUCAUCAUCGACUGGUUCGGGCUGUCUGAGUCGUUCCCCCGCAACAACCUUCUUGUGCGGAACGCGGACGGUUCCCCGCAUCGGACGCUGUACAUUGCCUCGGACCUCGUCAAGGCUAUCGUGGAGAACAACGAUUACACGCGGUUGCGCAUGAUCUCGGCCGGCAUCAAGUCAUUCAUCCGCCAGGACUCGCAAGCGCGGGUCGACAUCCCGUGCAAGUGGCGCGUGAGCGGCGAUGGCAUCGACGAGGUGCUCAAGUAUGUGCCCGACGAGCGUGUCGUGCCGGCGACAGUCGCAGAGCUAUUCACGUUCCUUGAGAACAUGUACCCGCCGAUCGACAGUUUUGCGCCGCCGUUUAAGACGCACCUCGAAGAGGCACAGCUCGGUAACAUGCUCGUGCGCUUCGCCGCGGGCGAGGACGAGGCGAGCGGCGGCAGGCUCGCCCUCCCCCUUGACAUGCCUGUGUGGAAGGCUAAGCAGAGCAUGUCGCUGCUGAUCGACAAGCGCGAGAAGAGCGUGCUCUCCAACCGCGUGUUUGGGCGUGACAUCUGCAACCCAGUGCCUUUUGUCAAGCGCUCCAACGCCGGCACUGAGGCGAGCUCGACAGCCGCGAGCGGGACUGCCACGCCCGCCACUGGCGACGAGGAGGCCACCCUCAACACCCCUGGCAUCGAGUCCAAGCUCCGGACUGAGAUUACAGGCGCAGAGGAGGGCCAGGAUGAGGUCAAGGAGGCUUAGACGUGGCAGGGAAUCUCGUGUAUGCAUAUGAGUUUCGGCAGAG